AUGGAGAUGGACAAAUUGGAUCUUAGUCGAGGUAUUCAUUUCUUUUUUGAGAAAAGACAGUACAAAAUUCAUUUGCACAGAUCACCCGGGGAAAGUGCUCACUUUGCUCAUCGCAACCUGCCAGAAGCACGAAUACACUUGUCAGAUGGUACCGCCCAUGCUAUUUUUUCUCUUUAAAACUCGACUUUAGAGCGUCGAAUCAACUGCCAACUUCUUGUCCAACAUCAACGAACUCAUUCUUAGCUUUGACCAAAAGUACGAGUACAAACUUCUGGCUAUGGUACCCCCACUUGAGCUAAACGUAUUUUUCUAAAUUUUCAUUGUUCCAGGUCGAAUCUCUAUCUAAAGACUUGGCGCUUUGCAAAGACGUGUAUUGUGUGAUGGAAUUUGAGAAGAAUCACGGGAGGAAGUUCGAGAUGGCCGUUCAGAAGGUGAGUAAACUUGGCUGAACUUGGCUGAUCAUACAUGAUGUAUAUCCAAAUUUUUGUAGGCUGGAAAAAUUUUGAAUCAAGUGCCAGCAGUGGAAAAGUAUGCGUGGGAGCACAGCAUUCUGCAGCCGCCGCCGUUUUUCUGA